AUGGUGAAUCUAAAGUGUACAGUGCUGGUCGUUUUGUUGGGACUGUUUUCGGUGGUGACAGUUGUGCAGGCACAGAUUCCUGCUUUAGGAGCGUGUCCACUUCAUUGUCCGAUAGCAAAAUUCAACCGAUCCCGAUUCUUGGGAACGUGGUACGAAGUGGAGCGGUACUUUACGGUGAGCGAAGUGGCUACGAAGUGUGUUUCCGCAACCUACGAGUUGCAGUCGGAUGGAAAAAUCGUUGUUAAAAAUGCGCUUACCAAUUCUUUCAACAACGUAGAGCGAAUCAUUUCCGGAAUUUUGGCUCCUCCAGGACGAGCAGGUGACGGCCAUUACACGAUACUUUAUCAGUCAUUUUCGAUUAACUACAAUGCCACCGUUUUGGUACUGGGAACUGAUUACGUUAGUUACGCUGUACUCUAUUCCUGCAGUAACAUCGGUCCCGUUGGACAUACCGUUUCAGCAUGGCUGAUGACCCGCGAUCGUGUACCUCAGGCUAAUGUCAUGUUCCGUGCUUACGAAGUACUGAAUAAGUAUGGCAUCAGUCGUACGUUCUUCGUCAAAACCAAUCAGGUGGACUGUAUCAUCGUGCCAGACCCGCUGGACGCAACUCGCAAAAGCACAGCCCCACAUGGUGGAGAAUAUUUGGCAGCUACUCGGCAGAGCAAUCUGGAUGAAUUAACUCAACUGCGGAAGGAAAUUUUCGCAAUGCCGAACGUUGAUUUGCAACCAUAUUAUGUUGACGAAAAAAAUGAAAAGUGA